AUGAUACCAGACCCGUUUGGCGGGAUUUCCCAAAGUUUGUGGCCCAACACAGAAACACAGAUGGGCUCAACAAACUGGGACUCGUGGGAUGCAAGGUCCUCCAAUGUCAUGACAUGGCCGCGAGACUGGAGUUCCGCAACAAUGUCACGUGCCACGUCUCCUUUAAUCUCUGCCAGCGACACCUUCCCACUCCCCCACCGGUCAACAGCGUCGCACCAGCCGGCGAUAAUUCCGGGGACCUGGAUAGCGAACACGGAAUCGUCCUUGAGCCGCAGUGUGGCUUUGAUAUGGUCGGGAUGGUUCUCCUUAAGCCAGUCGAGACUCAACGCUGCCGCGGAUUUGCCUGCUGCGUUGAUCCCAAACACUUUGUUGGCGGUGUUAUCCAAUAGAUGGGAUGGAAAGAGCCAAAAUAGCAGUUGCAGCGACAGAACUGUACUUUUGACUGUAGUUCCAGGCGUAGAUAAUGGCGUCUCUGGUGGUGGAGCCGACUGGGUACGAGCUCUGGGCGGUGACACCUCCAAGGUAGAUCGAAGAGGCCUCGGAAGCAGACAGUUUCUUGGACAAAGCAUCGUAGAAGGUGUUGUCGUAGACGGCAGCGGAAAUGGCGUAACCGAUGGAGCUACCAACGGAAGAGAACAGAGACACCAAAGAAAGCAUCAUAGGAAUACCUUCCUUGUCGGAAGCAGCCAUAACGGCCAUCUCCUCGCCAAUAACAAGCAUUCCUCCGGCAAAGGCAAUGAAGAUCUGACACAUGAUGAUGUAACCGAUGUUAGAGGUGUACUCACCACGGAAGUGGAUCAACAAACCACAUCCCAAGAUUUGCAAUGGAAGAGCAAAGAACAGACAAGCGUACUUGAAGUGCUUGGUGAUACGCACGUAAAGACCAAAGAUUGGAGACCAGAAACAAGAACCAACAUUGAAAAUCUCCAACAUGUAACCGGCGUCUCUGACACUCAAGUUGUAAACGAUAAGAACGAAGUUGUAGUAGUACAAAUCCCAGCAGUAGAAACUGAUGUUGUUGACGGCAGCCAAAAUACAAGCUCCAAUGACGGUAGGAUCUCUGAACAACUCGUAUUUGAUGAAGUGAACCUUGGCUCCCCAUUUCUCCCAAGCAGCAAAGACUGGGAACAGGCAGCCACCAAUGAUGAUCAUGGCAAUGAACUUAGCGGAGUGGUAAGUGGCUCUUCCGUAAGUCUGCAGAGAGAAUGGAAGCAAGAGCAGAACGAAGGCAGCCAUGAGGAUGAAAGCACCAACGAUAUCAAACUCGUGGAAGUAGUGCUGGAUGGAUUGCCAGUAAGUUCUGCCAGAGUUGCGUGGUUUGACCACACCGAGCUUGACAGCCUUGAUGUGGUAGUAUUUGAACACACCAGCAAGAGGAAGAAAGACAAACGGCAUCACAAUGGUGAAAAUACCGAAACCCCAUCUCCAAGUAGCUGUUUUCAGGAUGGAUUCUGCAGCGAGAGAACCAGUGAAAGCGGUACAGAUGAAUGGGGUACUGGCGAAAGCGAAAGCGAAAGCCCGGUUUCUAAGACCGCAGGUAUCAGCGAUGAAAAUGUUGAGGAUGAGGUAGAUGGCAUCCAAGUAGACACCAACGAAGACAACGAAUCCCUCGGCACGUCCCCAGAUGUUGAGCAUUUUACCAAUUGGAAGCUUCAAAACACCACCAAUGAUAGUUGCCAAAAUGUUAGCAGUACUAACGGCAGGGGCAGCAAUGAAACUGGCAUAAGCGUAAGGCAUCAUGGUAGUUCCGAUGGUUUGUUGCAGAGCAAGCAUGAAGUAACACACCCAAAUCCAGGCGUAGGUGGUGUAGACAGCCCAUUUAGGCCAGACCAUCAAAGCACCUUCAAUGGCUUGGACACCCUCUGGAGCGUCGGAGCUAACCUCGCUAAUGGAAUCGUCAAGAGCAGCCUCCUUGCCUUCUGGGUCGGAGACGACCACCUUCUCCUCCUCAGGAGCAAUAACGGCCGACGAAAUGUCGUCUAA